UUUAAAGUGAAACCAUACGUGAUACACAUGCAGGUGUUAGAGAGGAGAGUAAAGCUGUGAGUGUUUUAUUUUAAGCAGGGACUCCAUCGUUUAGAGAAGUGAAAACAUGUUGGUUUGCCGGUGAAGAAGAAAGAGAGGCAGCGUUCAACCAUCAGAGACUCAAACAUGGACGUGUGCCACAGUUUGAUCUUCUUCGUCCUCACUCUGCAGGAUGGAAACACCGGUCUCGUCAGUGCCCAUCUCUCUGUCUAUUCAGGAAUUGAAGGAGAAGAUGUCAGAGUUAAAUGCUCCAUUCCUUCUUUUGGAAUCAGGAAGAUCUUCUGUAAGGAACCAUGUGAUAAAGAAGACAUUCUCAUUGAAACACCCGGUGCCACAGCUCAGAGAGGCAGAUACAGCAUUGAUUAUAAAAAUGGAGUUUUUUCUGUCACCAUCACUCAGCUGACCAAGUCUGACUCAGGACGCUACAGGUGUGGUGCGGGAUCAUCUUUGAAACAGGCUUUAUACAAGGACAUUGAGAUCAUCGUUGUUGAUGCAAUGCUGGAUGGUGAUCCUUCUGCAGAAAAAACAAUCGAUGCUAGAACUGGAGGAAAUAUUGUAGUUCGAUGCAACUUUACUCAAUAUAGAUACAAGAAGUACUUCUGCAAGGGAGAAUGUAAAAAAGGAGACAAUCUUGUUGAAACGACUAGUAAAUCAGAUCAGGAAAAAGGCAGAUACAGGAUCAGAUAUACUCAAAUAAUUCCAACAGGAGAUUUUGUGUAUGUGAGCAUCAACCAGCUGACCCAGUCUGACUCAGGAUGGUACAGGUGUGGUCUGGACAGAACUUCCUCUAACGAUCUAUACCAGAGGUUUAGGCUCAACGUCACUGAUGCUCUGACCACUUCUCCUAAAACUACAGAGCAGCCUGAAACAACUAAAGCCACAGAUGUGAUCCUGUAUGUGUCUCUGACUCUGGUCGUCCUGGUCAUCGUGUCAUCACUGUGUGUGCUGGUAUUCUGCAGGAAGAGGAUUUGUAAAGCCAAAAGUGAGGAACCAGAACCUCAUGAGAAAACACAAUGUGCUUCUGCACCAGAGGCUGAAGACGACCCGAGUCAACACACAUACUCUGAGAUCAAAUUUGUCAGCGUGGGCUCGUCCCACAGCGGUUUCCACGGUGACGCUGAGUGUGUUAUCUACUCUGUUACUCAGGUGGAAGCUAGCUCUGAUGAGCCCCCUCUGUACUCUACUGUUAACAACCCCCAAUAACUCUCACACUGAAUUAAGCAGCCGUGUAAAUAUUCUGAAACAGAGAGAUGUUUGUGGGAAUAUGUACGAUUAUUUAAAGUGGACCUAUCAUGCUAUAUUUUAAUAAUAUAGUGUAGGACCAUACCUAU